CGUGCUGGCGCCUGUAUCUCCAGGAUACACAAGGCUGAUGACUCCUGUGGUUUUUGAGGACACAAACACACACGACAUCCUGGAAGGAAACUUAACAGUUACAUUGGAUAUCCGGAAAUUCUUUGGUGUUGUACCUCCUGGAAAGCGACAAGAACAUGAUACUGUGAAAAAGAGUGAAAAAAUUAAAAAUGGUGAAGGACCUUCAAGUGGGAAGAAAAAGGGAAAGGAGUCUAAGGUGAAUAAUUCACCCAGUGAAGAUGCUUCCAAACAAAAGCGGACAAACAAGAAGAGAAGAAUAAUCUAUGAUUCAGAUUCAGAAGAGGAGGUGCAGUCAGUGAAAAAAUCCAAGAAGCCAUCUGAGAAAAAAGCAGCUACUUCAGAUCUUGGUAAAGUUCUAAAGCGGGAUCCUGUUGUUUAUAUUUCAGAGACAGAUGAAGAAGAUGACUUUGUCAAUAAAAGAAUUUCCCUGAAACCAAAGGAGAAUGGGACGUCAGCAAUUGGUUGUCCAGGAACAACUACAGUGAAAAAGGAAGAUAUAAAACCACGAGCUAAAAGCAAACCAUUAUCUCCAGUGAAACAGACUCCCACCUCAGCACUUGAUUACUUUGGGACAAGUGGUGUUCAACGAUCAGAAAAGAAACUGGUAGCAAGUAAAAGGAAAGAACCUUCGCAAAGCAGGGACAGCACACUAGAUGAUGAGGCCAUUGCUAGGCAACUGCAGAUUGAAGAAGAUUCAGAGCUGGAGAGACAGCUGCAUGAAGAUGAAGAAUUUGCUAAAACUUUGGCCAUGUUGGAUGAGACGCCGCAGAAGAAAAAGGCUCGGAAAGAUUCAGGAGGAGAACAAGCAGUACUGAGCAUCAAGAGCAGUCCUAAUGUGACAGAAAGACAUAAGCAGUCGGAAGGAGUGAAAGCAACAAACUCGACAAGCGAAGCGAAGAAUUACACUGCUAAGCAGCAAACUAAAUCUGAACAUUCAAAAGGCUCUCAUUUAUCCCCACAAUCAUCUGAUGGUAAAAUAGCGAGAGAGUUGACAGGGAAGACCUUGCCUUUGAAACCUAGCUCUAAGCUUGUGUCUCUGAAACAAAAAGAAGAGGCUGCUGAAAAGGAAAGAAAUCAUCAAAGUUUAGUAUAGUCUGAGUCUGUAAGUCCUGAGGAUUCUGAAAAGAAGCGAAUCAAUUACCAAGCCUACCGAAGCUUCCUUAAUCGUGAGGGUCCGAAAGCGCUGGGUUCCAAAGAGAUACCACAGGGGGCUGAAAACUGCUUGGAAGGCCUGACAUUCGUAAUUACAGGCGUUCUGGAAUGCAUUGAAAGAGAUGAUGCCAAGUCUCUGAUUGAACGCUAUGGAGGAAAAGUAACUGGCAAUGUCAGCAAGAAGACAAACUAUCUGGUUAUGGGGCGAGACUGUGGCCAAUCUAAAUGUGAAAAGGCAUCAACUUUAGGGACAAAAGUUAUUAAUGAGGAUGGCCUGUUUGAUCUUAUUCGAACUAUGCCAGGCAAAAAGUCCAAAUAUGAGCUGGCAGCUGAAACAGAGGCAAAGAAAGUGGAGUCAAGACCUAAAAGGACACCACAGAAAGCUGAAACUGGAAAAAGGAAUUUUAGCCCCUUCAAAAGGGAAGCUGAUAAUAAAAAAUACAAGUCUACUCCUGAAAAAGGAGAUACUGUCAAAUCUGCCAAGAAAGAAACCACUGCAGUUCGAAAGCUUAUGGACUUCAAACGGCAGACUGUAGAGAAGAAAGAAGUCCCAAAACCUAAGGGGAACUUGGUUUCUGAGAUUAAUGAAGAUGGAACAGAGAAGUUGCUAUGGGUAGAUAAAUACAAGCCUGUGUCUCUUAAGGCAAUAAUUGGACAGCAGGGUGAGCAAAGCUGUGCCAAUAAACUGCUCCGAUGGCUCCGAAAUUGGCACAAGAAUACCUCAGAAGAUGGACAAGCAAAGGCCAAUAAAACCGGAGGCAAAGAUGAUGGUAGUGGUUUUAAAGCAGCAUUACUUUCUGGUCCACCUGGAGUUGGUAAAACUACUACAGCUUCUUUGGUUUGUAAGGAACUGGGGUAUAGCUAUGUGGAGCUGAAUGCCAGUGACACUCGCAGUAAGACCAGUCUAAAGGAAGUAGUUGCUGAAUCACUUAACAACACCAGUAUCAAAGACUUCUGUGCUGGCACAUCCUCAUCAGUUAGCGGGAAACAUGUAUUGAUCAUGGAUGAAGUGGAUGGUAUGGCAGGCAAUGAAGACAGAGGAGGGAUUCAGGAGUUGAUUGGUUUGAUCAGACACACAAAGAUACCCAUCAUCUGUAUGUGUAAUGAUCGCAACCAUCCUAAAAUGCGUUCGUUGGUCCACUACUGUUUUGAUCUUCGUUUUCAGAGACCUCGUCUAGAACAGAUUAAGGGUGCCAUGAUGUCUAUUGCAUUUAAAGAAGGUUUAAAAAUUCCACCACCUGCAAUGCAAGAGAUAAUCCUGGCAGCAAAUCAGGACAUCAGACAGGUUUUACAUAAUCUUAAUAUGUGGUGUGCAAAAGAUAAAUCAUUGACUUAUGAUGAGGCUAAAAUGGAUGGCAGCAGAGCCAAAAAGGAUAUCAAACUGGGCCCUUUUGAUGUUGUCCGGAAGGUUUUUGCUACUGGAGAAGAGGCUUCUCGUAUGUCUCUUAUAGACAAAUCGGAUCUUUUCUUCCACGAUUAUUCCCUAGCACCUCUCUUUGUCCAAGAGAACUACGUACAUGUGAAACCAGCUGCUGCUGGAGGAAAUCUGAAAAAGCACUUGGUGCUCUUGAGUAGAGCAGCUGAUAGCAUAUGUGAUGGUGAUAUAGUGGACAGACAAAUUCGUAGCAAGCAAAACUGGAACCUUCUUCCGACGCAGGCUAUUUAUGCAAGCGUUCUCCCGGGGGAGCUGAUGAGAGGUUACAUGUCCCAGUUUCCUGUCUUUCCCAGCUGGCUGGGGAAAUUUUCAUCCACAGGCAAACACGAUCGGAUCAUUCAAGAACUGGCAAUGCACAUGAGCCUCAGAACCCAGACAUGCAAGAGGACAGUGAACAUGGAGUAUUUGUCAUAUUUGCGGGAUGCACUUGUCCAGCCCUUGCAAGACUUUGGAGCAGAUGGUGUACAAACAGCGAUAACGUUCAUGGACUCGUACUGCUUGAUGAAAGAAGAUAUUGAAAAUAUCAUGGAAAUAAGCACGUGGGGAGGCAAGCCCAGUCCUUUUUCAAAGCUGGAUCCCAAGGUCAAAGCAGCUUUUACACGUGCCUACAACAAGGAGGCACAUCUGACUCCAUAUUCACUUAGUUCUGUUAAGACAUCUAAAAGGCAGUCGGGAUCUGCAGUGACCUUGGAACUGACUGAAGACUUGAAUGUGGAAGAGAUCCAGUCUGAUGAGGAUGAGCAAGAUACUGUUGAAAGUGAUGCAAUGAUUAAGCAAAAAAAGGCGAAGUCUUCCAAGAUGUCAAAAAAAGAGAAAAGCGAAGAAACAACAAAAAAAGAAGGGAAAAGAAAAGAGAAAACAAGACAUUAAACAGAGUAAAAUCUUGCUAUGGAUGCAGCUUGGCUUAUCUGACUUCUGGCAGGAAGAUGAAACCGGUCUGGUGAUGGAGCUGGGAAGGUGGAACCAGUGCAUUGAAGACGCUCCUCUUAUAGAGGUGAUGUAGCUACUGUACUCUCUCACUAUGCAGUGCUGUACUUACUCUUAACGUGCUACAACGUUACAGGCUAGAACUGUCCUCAUACAACAAACACCGCGGUGCGUGAACGUGAUGAAAACGUGAUGCUUAGUUACCUGGCAUUUAUACCAAGUCUUCCUAGGACUUCACUUGCUUGGGUCUUUUUUUUUUUUUUUUUAAUAAGUCCCCAAUAUUAUGUGCUGAACUCUUGUAAAUAGUACAUGAUACAAAACAACCCCCCAAACCUAAACUGCGUAUUUGUACAUUAUAGAAAGUAAGCAGUGUAUAAAAGUACAAUAAAAAGUUUCACAGGAAUCUUCUAAAAUUCUGGUUAAGUUCAUGGAGCGUUCUGUCUCUCUUUUCUUCUAAGGGCCUGGCUUUCCUGCAUGUACAGGAUGUGGUUAUAUUCUUUUCCUACAACUUCCCUUUUGCUGAGUUAAAGACACAGAAAAGCAGUGAGGGAUUUAGUUCCAAGCUUGGCUUGAGGAGCCUGUGCUUACAAGUUGUAUCUUUAAUCAAAACCAGAAAGGAAUAUUUCGGGAUUAAGAAAUGUGUCAUAGCAAAUAGUCAUGAAAGUCCAGGACUGAUGUUGAGAAGAGAAUACUAGGGUUUGGUUUGGUUUUUUUUUUCUUACUGCUCACGUAACACAGAAUGCCCCUUGGUUUUGUCUUUGGUGCAGAUAAAAUGCAAAUUUUGCUUGGUAAGAAUCAUCAAUAAUCAGUUUUAUUACUAUAACAAAUCAAAGUACAAAAUUUAUCAAAAGCUAAGUAUUUACAGGCUGUCACAAAAUAGAAGUGGCAUGGUGGUUGUUACGAGAUCCUAGUGGGGAAAAGAUGUGUAAUGUAGUGACAGAGCUUUCCUCGCUGCGUGCCAGACAACACCUGCAGUUCUGAAAAUAGAGAGAGGCAGUUAGUUGUAUCCCAAGCUACAGAGACUGUGACAGCAACCUGCAGGGGUUGCUCAGACAGAAGAAAAACCCCAAACUCUAAAUUGUGGUAUAUGUGAUUUUUAUAAUAUCACUUGUACGUAUGUUAUUUAGACUGUAUAGGUCAAAGCUUUCACAUAAGGUGUUUGCACUGGUAAAUCUGCCUUCAAAUGUCAAAUUAGGGAGGGACUUUGUUAACUGAUUUUCAGUUGCCAUUCCUUUAACAGAACCGAAGUGUUGGAUCGAAGUCUGUGGCAUAGAGCGAGCAGUGGUUUUCUCCUUUGAAACAGGAGUAUUUCAAGCCAAUACUAAGUUGCUUGUGACGUAUUCUUAGAUUCUGUUAAGCCAAGACCAUGUAACCUCCAUUUUAGAUCUGCUCCUUCUAGUUAGCAUAUCACGCUCUUUCUACGCUUACGUGCUUGUUGGUAGAUCUGUAGAAGGAUUUGACAAUGCUGAGAUCUUCAGCCUGUUCUCUGUGCUACUAAAGCACAAGUGGUGUUCAGGAACAGACUCCAAACUAGAACAGGGUGUAGAGGAUAAUGUGAUCCUAGAGGUAAGCUUGUUUAAAGCCUCAUGAUCCUAGACGUAAGCUGGUUUAAAGCCUCACAAUGGGAAUGGUUUAACCACUGUGUUACUUGGAGUAGCAAAACCUACUGCUGUUUGCAUGCCUGAGGAUAGAGCUGAGCCUCAGUUACCUGAGGCACACAGCCGGGCUGUAAGUUAGAUUCUGGAAUGCUGCAUUUCCCUUGCUGGGAAACACUCCCCCUGUCCUCGAGAAUGACCCUGUUAAGUAAAAACUACAGGCUCUAGCACAUACCUGAAUUUACUGCUCCCCGUCUUCUGGUUUGAGGUAUUGUGUGCAAUCACUUAUUUUCUUAAGAUGAAUGAUGUUAAUCCUUUCAGAACACAUUGGACACAUGUUUUCAGUCUGUAACAUGCUGUUUGAAAAGAAGGGUGACUGGUCAAAUGAUAAUUCUAAUGUUUUCAAAGGAACAGCUGGGCCUGGGGCAGGAAGCAGAGACCUACGCUGUAUAACAGGCCAGAGCAACCGCUGCUUCUGUCUUGGCAGAGCAAAGGUUGGUUUAUUUGUUUUUUAACAUUUGAGAACUAACAUCACAACAGGAACGCUGCUGCUGUUCACAUGGGCAUGAGGAAAAUUUGUGAGUUAAAACGUACAUGAAGGAGCUUAGGCUGGAACAUGAAGUUUCUGCAGCUUCACCGUUCCUGACAUCUGAGGAGAGCUCUCUAGUCCCGUUCUCUCACAGAUGACUACUGAGGAGAGGAGGUAAUUGCUGCCUUUGUCUGUCCCAGUACUGCCCGGGUUGGGUUUGGUUUGGUGACUGCUGCUGCGCCCGUGUUCCCCCUUGCCCUGGUAACGGGCUUUCUCCCUGGAAGGACAGAAGCCCCCCACCCAUCUUCAUAGCUGCCUCUGCUGUUGGAGCCCCGCGUCCCUGGCUGAGUUCAUUCUUUAUCAUAGUUUUUGGUCCACUUUGAAGGGAUGUUCUGUGCGUGUGUGAGAUGGAACUACUGCGUAAGGGAGAUUCCUUUUUCCACCCUCCACCCCCAGGUAUUACAUGUUUUUUAGUACCAAGUGAAGCCGUUUGCUGCUAAAAGAAGAAUAAAC